UGCGAUCCAACAGUCAAGGAAAUGGUUCCUUUUCCCGCGGUGUUUACGCUUUCACCCUAAUUGUAACCUCUCAAUCCCCUUGGCAGUUCAGAGUUUUGUGAAAUCGACACUAUCACAUGCCAGUGGUGGGCCAAGAGAGGACAUAUCAACAGCCCAUACCGUGGUACCGUGUCUUCUUACCGCUACGUUCUCAUGAUAAUCUAUUUUCUGAUCAAAGUGGUUGACCCCCCUGUUUUCAGAAACUGGCAGAACACCACGAUCCCCGAAGACGCACCGCAUGACCAGACAUUUGAUGAGGGGGGAGAAGGAGAGCAUCAUGUGUGGUAUGCUAAAGAUAUCAAAAAUCUUCCCAAGACCACGAACGAAACGCAUGUCGGCCAGCUCCUAGAUAGCUUCUUCGAAUACUAUUCACAUAGGGUCCAAUGGGGAAGAGAGGUCAUCUUCAUCCGGACCCAAGGCGGCAUAUUUAGUAAGUACGGUAAGGGUGGGGUUACGGCUGUUACUAGGCUG